GAUUGUGAUCUUCAUCUUUGAACUAAGCAGUGGGUAGGUAUCAGGAGGCCCAUGAACUUUAGAAAAUGGCCAACAACAAAAUGGAAAUGAAACAGAUUGCCAAACACAAGACAUUAUGGAAAAUGAGUUCAACCAGUGAACCUUUAUCAAUUGCUGGUACAGAAGCCAAUCCUUUGAAGAAAUUCACCAUUCCAAAGAUCAGAAGGACAGCUGGUAAAGUUUACUUGUCAACUUGUUGCACCAAUACUAGAGAAUAUAGUUUCAUACAUGAUACUCUUAAUCAGUGCAGGCUUGAUAUAAACUGUGACCUACAGUCAUCAUGGCAAUUUGGGGAUACAAAACUGGUUCACAAUGAGGAUCUGGAAAAAAAUUUUACUGUUAAGAGGUCAGAGAUGCGUGAAAGUGGAAGGCAUGGCAGAGAACUUGAAGAACAUUUCUGCUUUUUAGCACUUCCACAACAAGAUGUGGUUAAUAUAUAUCAGAAUGGAAUAAGUACCAACACAUCUACAUUAAAAAUAUUAGGAAAUCCUCUUCUUGGAAUUUAUACAUUUAGACAUGUUGAUGUUGCCUUGAAUUAUGCUCAUAGUAGAAACAUUACUGUAGAAAGUAUUAUAAUUUUUAAGGUUCUCUUCGGAAGAGUGAAGAAAAUUCAGCCGUCUGUGGAUAAAAACAAAGUGUCUUUGGACCCUUCACCUAAUUUUGAUUGUCAUAUGUCAAGAAACACACCUUCUCUGAAAGAUUCCAUUGAACUACAAGCCUAUAGUUCAGCAGUUUACUUCUAUGAAUACAAUAUUCUUUCAAAGCCAGUAGAUAAACCUAGGCAGUGCCUUCCAUAUGCAAUAGUAACAGUUAAAUUUAUUGGUCAAAAAAUAGAUAAUGGAUAUCUUAUGACAUCUCUGAGAUCUCUCUCAACCGGAUUUCUUAAGAGAGCUGAAAGAACAUGUUCUCUGAAUAACUGCACAGUGGCCAAAAGAAUUGGAAAAGGAAAAGAUGCUACUGUCAUCUUUGAGCAUUUCAGGAAACCUAUAGAACCAUUUGUUCAGGAAAACUGUUCAUGCAAUGCACUAAAUUCAGAGAUAAAUCCUUCUAACUCCAGUAGUUCUAAUUCCUUUGGAAAUGGGCAAAAUGGAAACAUUUCUAUACUUGAAACACACAAUGGCCAGACAGAGCACUUAGCAGAAAGUAGUAACACUUCUCAAGUAUAUGCACAAGAUUCAGGUCUUUUAUUUAUGUCUGAUGAUACCAGAGAAAGUGUUAAUGGUGACCUCUUGUUAAAUUUGACCUAUCUUAAAAAUAUUUUAAGUGGAAUUGCUUCUCCCCUUUACAGCAAUAUUGGCUCAAGCACAGUUACUACGUCAAAACUUAUCAAAGACCCAAGACUAAUGAGGAGAGAAGAAAGCAUGGGUAAACAGAAUAAUAAAACAGGUGUAAAUGAGAUUUUGGCAUUUGAGAAGAGCUUAGAUUCUGUUAAUUCAGAAGUAAACUUGUCAUCUGUAUCAACUAAUUCUGUCUCCUCAUCUGAAAUCAUCCCGGAUGAUCAUGUGAUUCUUCCUAAUUGUUUAGAUGCCCAUUGCUUCAAAAUUCCUUUUGAUGAUUCACAAUCUCAGGUUCAUAACAUGUGCUAUGGAGACUAUGAUUAUAUAAUGCCCAAUAAAAUUACCAUGGCAAGGCAAUGUAAGGGCCAAGGCAAUAUUACCUUCCCAAUUUCUCUUUCAAAGAUACUUUCAGAAGUUGAUAACCAAAACUACAGUGACGAAAAAGUCCACAGAUCCCAACAGAGAAUCAACACCCCACUUUUAAUUAAACAAAAUAGCAAGCCACAUAACUUCUACGAACCAGUGAAUACUUGUACAAAAGACUACAGAAGUCACAUCUCUCAAGAAACACAGUCUUCUGGUUUUCAAACUGUGUGUCAAACUGAUCACCAAAUGUCCACAGUUUCUCCAUUCCAAAAGAAAGAAAGUAUAGAUGACUGCAUUCAAAAUAUUGGAAAUAUGAGGAACCUUAAUAUUGAUCCAGAGGACAAUUCCAAACACAGAGAAGAGCAGAAUUUUUGGAAAGAAAUUGAUCAUUGUUUCACCAAUGAAACAAAAGCCAGUCUAAUAGAUAAUUGCAUUUCAUUGCACCAAGAACAUAACAAGGGUGAAAGUCUUGAUUCUUCAGGAAAAAAACACGAUCAAAUAUUACUUUCUCAAGAAUUAGAGCUAUCAGUAUCUUCCAUAUCUACCACAAAGGAUAAAUAUGAACUAGAUAGUCUAGCUAAGGAAGUACAAAGUAAUCUAACUCCAACUGUAGGUAGCUUUUUGCAAAACCAUCCUCAACAUUCUUUGGAGUAUAAAAAUAAUAACAUUCACACAAGUUUUGUCAUUUCUCAAAAGCAAAUGGAACUUACAGGGGAAAAAACAAAUCAAAAUUGUGUUAGCAUUAUGACUGAUGCUUUCCAGGAAGCAAAAGACAUUUCUCAGGUAGAAGAACAACUAAUUGACACAGUUAUUUCAUCUCAUGGCAUUGAAACAGCUCAUAAUAAUUUCAAUUGCAAUAUAGCUAAGGAAAAUAUAUGUGUCCCUAGAAAAAAUGAAAAUGAGUUAGUGUUAUUAGAAGACAACCACAAAGAUUUCAAAGAUACUCCUCAUAUUGAAGAUAAAAGUCAAGAUCAUCCUUUUUUCUUUGAUACACAGCUGAACAAUGAUAUACUCCUGAAUAUUGAUUUCAAAGAACAAAAUGAUAAUGAGAAUGACAAUCAACAUGAAACUAAAGAGGAAGACAUUUCUUCAUCUGUAGAGGACAGCCUAGAGAACAUACAUGGAAAUGAGCAGCAAGUUUUUCAUACAAUCAAAAAUUUUACUGAUACAGAUGAAAGAAGGGAGAAUAAAAAUUGCAGCAAUGUAGAACUUCUGAUAUCUGAAAAUUUUUCAACCACGUUUAAUAUGAGUUGGGAAGAAAAUUACCUAUCAACAGAAACUACAUUGAUCGAAAGUGAAGAUAUUGUUACUGCCUUAAAACAAAAUGAUCCUCAAAAUAGUGGAAGAAGUUUACAGCAUCUGGCUUCCACAGUGUUGCCAGAAGUUCCAGGUUCUACAGUGUGUGCAUCCUCAAAUCCUGAAGUACAGAUAACUAGAACUUCUUUUCCUGCAUUGAGCACAAAUCAUGAAGAUCAUCAAAAAUACCUGUUCAAAGAAACUUGUUUUUCUGAGAGUCCAGAUUUUGAUUUGUUAGUAAAACAUAGGAUUUCUGAUUGUGGAGUUGAUAUGGAUAUAAAUACAUCACCAGACUCAUUUUAUCAAUCAGUAAUAAAUGAGAACUUGGUUAUUCAAAAUUUGGAAUUGGAAAAUGAGAUUGAAGUAGUAACAGAAGAGUGUGAUGACGCUUUUGUAUUUCAGCAAGAUACAUAUAGCCAUGGAAAUGUGCUUCGUGAAGAAUUGGAGGCCUCAUAUGAGGCUCUAAAGGCUCGUAUCAACUGGGAAGCUCUAUUUGGAAGCAGUAACUGGGAGACAGAAGCUUUGGAAAGCACCAAAAGAAAGGUGAAUACAGAUCAGCAUUCUUCUGAGGAACAUAAUUAUUUUUAUUCUUCUACACAAAACACCAAAGCAGAGCUUCUCAACCCAGUUUUACUUCCAGAUCUACAAAUUACAAUCACUAAUGAUUUUAGUCCAGGAUUCAGCCCCACUCCUGACUCCCAUGUGUUUAAAGAUAAUUUUUACAAAUGCUUAACUGAAGCUGAAGAAACAGAAAUAAACAAGGGAGAAAAGGUCCUGGGAUUAGGAAUUUAUCCCCAGUCUUCUGGUGAAAAUUCUUAUUACCCAUGUGGGGAUAAAUCUGAUAAUAUAACACAAGAAUCAGGACUAGUGAGUAAAUCUGCAACUUCCCUUUCUUUUGACGUAAGUCACAAUACACACAUAAAUCACAUGUCUGGAAAAGAAAACAAUAAAUCUUUGUUUACUGGAUCUUCAAAUGUUACAACAGUAAAUAAUGAAAGCAGCUGUGCCUUUGCAAAAUUACAUACUGACUAUAAUGAUACUAGAAGUAAAAAGCACAUGGAAUCAAGAGUUAGCAAAAGAAAACUGCAUUCAUCUUUUAGUGACCAAAACAUAUCCCAUAAAGAUAAAAGACGGCAUGAAAUGUAUGAGAAAAAGAGGAGGCUAACUGGUCAGGACUCAUAUGAAUGUUUUUUGUCAUUAUCCCAAGGACGAUUUAAAAUAUUUUCAAAGUCAGAAAAACACAUUAAGAGUGUCCUGGAUAUUCUAAAUAGUGAAGCAUCUUUAUGCAAAAGCAAACGUCUUUCCAGAAAACUUGACAAAGCUGUUCUUCACUUAAAGAAAGCUCAUAGAAGAGUUCACACAUCCUUGCAGCUGAUAGCUAAAGUGGGAGAAAAAAAAAAAGGGCCAUUACCAAAAUCAUAUGCAAUAAUAUGCAAUAAUUUCUGGGAAAGUUGUGACCUUGAAGGUUAUAGUUCUGUAUAUGAAGGAAAAUAUUACUCCACUAAGCACUUUUUUUCAAAAAGAAGAGAUAACAAAGAAAGUGAAAGAAGAGCUUUAGAAUAUGAUGGUAAAUCAUUAACUCAUGUGUCAAAGCACAAGUCUUACAAAAGAAAUGGAGAGAGAACCACAGAGACACUUUCUAAAAGGAAUAUAGCCAGCAGUGUUUCUAGAAGUCACACCACUAUUCACAUGAAAGAAUUUUGUGAUCAAGAACAACAUCCUGAAACACAGUUAUGCCUAGCCUCCACAUCCCAAAGUACAAGUCAGUCAGCUUAUAACAAGGGCAGUAUGAACUUACCAGAAUCAUCAGAACUUCAGCCAUUGUCUGGAAAAACUAGAUGUCUGUUUUCACCAGACCACCCAAAUGAGAAGCUACCUGAGAAAGAAAAUCAAAUAGAUAAAAAUGUUUUAUCUAACAUCGGUAAAUAUGAAAAGUUUGAAACCCGUUCAACACAUAGUAAUACUAAGGAUGUAGCAAAAGAAAUCCAUUCCAUGGCUAAUGAGGUAAUAAAUAAAAGUAACUCAGUAUCUUUAAGUUGCAUGAAAGAAAGUGUAAAUGUUAACACAAACAAAAAAUAUGAUGCAUCCCAUAUAGCUCACACAGAGGUGAAAGCUGACAUACUUAUUUCAGUCUUAGAACCAAGUGCAAGGUACAUUUUAAAUGUUGAUACCUACAAACCAGAUAACAUUUUAUCUGAUUGUAAAAGAAACCUGGAAAUAAAUUUUUCUAUAGAAAAAUGUCCAACUCCUGUUGAGCACUCUCAACCAAACAUUUUCACAAGAAAUUUCUCUGUAGACCCAUUAAACUUAACUCUGAUGACAAGCAAAAAGUAUAAGCAGUUUUCAGCUGCUCCGGUGACAGAUAGUGAGGGACAUGCUUGGAAAUCUUAUUUGGACAAACAGAGAAUUUUUGCUGUAGAUUCUUUUGCAACAUUCACUCUUAUAUCACAUCAGCAGGAAUGUGGUGGAAGGGAGCUUCUAAAGAGAGAGCAAUGCUCUUCCAGUAAUUGCUCCCCAAUAGAUGGGAAUGACACAAAUGUUACUGAGAAUUCAAACUUGAAUCUAGCAUCAGUAACUGAAGAAAAAAGUUAUGGGAAAACUACAUCAAAGAAGCUAUUUUCCAAUGACAGUUACCUACUCUUAGCAGAUAAUGUAAAGGUUUCUUUUUUGCAACAAUGUGUUGCAAAGAAAAAGGUUCAGGACAGAAAAACGUGGAAAGUUAAAAGAGCUGAAAAAGCAAAGGAUUCAAUUGGAGAUAUAUGCCACCAAAAGAGCAGGACUGAAGAAUCAUCUUCUAAGACUGGGUACAAAAAUAGAAAAAAGAUCUUAGAAGAAGAAUCCUCCUACUUAAGUGGGAAAACAAUGAAACACAACUUGAUUGAGUCUCAUGUAAGCACUGCAAAUGCCACUUACUCUAAGGCACUUCCUGUGAAUAACACAGUUCCUAAUCCACUUAACAAAAAAAAGAAAGAAAGAAAAGUUAACAGUUACUCUCAGUCUGAUUCAAUAGUGCAUUGUGAAAUAACUUGUAAUUUCAAACCAGGCAUUAUAGGAAUUGACCAUCCACCUAUUUCACAUGUCCACCCAGAAAACUCUAAAAUCACAACUUUUCAGAAGAAGCCUAUGUUAUACAUGAAUGGAUUAAAAGAAAAACAUGACUCAGCUCAUCAUACUGCUCUUAUAACUAAGCUAUCUCAAAUUUUGCAAAGGGCAGAUGAAGCAUCAUCUUUGCACAUUCUGCAGGAGGAAAGUAAGAUUUGUCAAAAUAUUCUCCCUUCAUUUGUUGAAGCUUUUGAAAGAAACCAAGAAUGUUCACUCGAACAAAUCUUGAUUUCACGAGAAUUGUUGGUACAACAAAACCUGUGGGAUAAUUGUAAAAACAAGUUAAAACCAUGUGCUGUUGACUCUUUGGUAGAGCUCCAAAUGAUGAUGGAAACUAUUCAAUUCGUUGAAAACAAAAAAAGACUCUUAAGAGAUGAACCGACAUUCCGAAGCUUGCUUUGGUAUGAUGAGACAUUGUACAGUGAGCUGCUUGGUGGGCCACGUGGUUAUCAACAGCAAUCUAAUUUUUAUCCUGCUUUUCAAGGAAGGUUAAAAUAUAAUGCAUUCUGUGAGUUGCAGAAAUAUCAUGAUCAGCUAACUGAAUUGUUGGAAGAAACGAAAAGAGGAAAAAAUUCAUACUAUGCAUUCUUGAAAUACAAACGACAGAUUAAAGAGUGUGAAGCUAUAAUGAAACAUUGUUCUGAUUGCUUUGACUUUUUUCUUUCCGUUCCAUUUACCUGUGGAGUUAAUUUUGGCGAUAAUUUAGGAGACCUAGAAACCAUAAGAAAAAGUACUUUAGAGCUGAUCAGUGUAUAUGGGAACUCUGCUAAAGUUCAUUCAUACCCAGGAAAACAAGACCACAUGUGGAUUAUCAUAGAAAUAAUCUCUUCAAAAGUUAAUUUUAUCAAGAGUAAUGAGGCAAGAAGUAUUAAAAUAUCUCUUUAUGGUCUAGAACAUAUUUUCUUUGAUGCUGCAAAAAAUCUUGUUUGGGAAGAGAGAAAACAAUCUCUAAACAAAAAAUACACACGAAAGAAGUAUAAAGAAAUGCUACUGAAAAUUAAUCAAGAUGCUUUUUCUAAGUUGCAGGAGAUAUAUGACACUUUGUCUGAAGGUUUAAGCAGGGAACAAAUUUCUGGUAUUGGACUUGAGAAGGAAACCAUGAUUGCUUGCAGAAAGUCAGAUAAUCUAAUAAACAAAACAACAAUUAGGUUUAACAGUACUUUGCUUUCACACCCAGAUAUUUGUUGUAUUAGUGAAAUAUUGGAUCAGGCUAAACUUGCAGACUUUAAAGAAUUACAGGAACUCAGUUUGAGAUGUACUAAUCACUUGGAAAUUUUAAAAAAAUACUUUCAGAUGUUGCAAGAAGAUAACAUAGAUAACAUUUUUAUCACAGAAGAAAAUGCUUUGGACAUGGUGAAAAAUCAAAACCGUGGGGCUGUAAUUUUAAAGCCUGAAGCUAUUGAAACAUAUAUUGAAAUAGUCAUGAUUUUAGAAACCAUGCAUUUCUUGAAAAACUCAAUGGCCAAGAAACUAGACAGGCAGAGGUUUCGAGGUAUGCUUUGGUUUGAUUCAUCACUUCUUCCUGAGCUGGUUCAUUGUCAAGAAAAAAUGGCUUGUUUUUCAUUUCUUAAAGAUGAGUCAACAGAUUGCCUUUGGAAAGUAAUAGAGACAGCUAUUUCUGAGCUUAAGAAAGAUAUGGAUAUUAUCUACAAAUACAAAGAAGCUGUUAAUUGCUCAUAUGCUCUUCAUUUGCUCUCAAGAGAACUUGAAGAACUUUCAGAAAUAAAAACACUUCUAAAGAAGUCUGAGUGUUCCAUUUCCGUAUACAUAGAUUUUGUGCCAUAUAUAGCAUCUGUAAAUUACGGAAGCACUGUGACAGAGUUAGAAUACAACUACAAUCAGUUUUCUACACUGCUUCAAAAUACAAGGGCUGCUCCUUGGAAAGAUUUAGGAAAAAUGGCCCAUAUUAUGAGAGUCAUGAAAACUAUUGAACAUAUGAAGAUUAUAUGUACUAAAAAUGCUAAAUUAACUAUUUCCUUUAUCCUGCGCCAAAUGCUGUAUAACAGAAAGAAAACUUUGCAAUUGAAGACAGAAGGAAAGAUGAAUAUUCAAGUUAUAAAACAUGAGAAGAGCAUUAAUGAAUCCAGUACUUGCAUGAAGGUGCCCUCAAUUCCAGAGUGCAUUUCAAAUUCCUCUGUAAAACGACCUAUCAUUAUAGACUUAAGGGAAAACGCUCAGGAACAAGAGAAAAACAUUACUCCUUCCGUUUCUAAAAAGCAAAAGGUUGACAUGAAAGAUGUCACAAAAAUCAACAAAGAAAAAGCAGCUUUCAGGAAUUCAAGGACUACAAGACCUCAUCCCCACAAUGAAAACAAAGUAGGACCAAGUUCCUCUCACAAUCUGAAAAGAAACCAUCUAUCUCCAAAAAAGACUGAAAUACUAAGAUCACCACCUGGCUCACUUUCACCUUUAAGGGACUUAAAAGACACUUGUACAUCACAUUCAAAGAGCAAAGUAGAUUUAACUGAUGUUUCAUCUGAUAUUUCAGAAGACUUCACUAGGCAACAGAGAAACUUCAAUAGCGUAAAGAAAAAUGUGAAUUUUAGUGCUGCUGGAAAAACAAGUGAUAAGAAAGAUUGUGCCUUUUUUGCAGUUUGUGACCAAAACAGUGUCAAUAGCACAUUUUCAAAAGACAAUGAGACACCUUCACAGAAAUUUCUUAAUAUUUCCCCAGAUCUUACACAGAAAUCUUGUCCUUCAAACAUAGAACCAGAAACUAAUGCUUCUUUUCUGUCUAAUACAUCAGUGCUCUCAAAGCCUGCUUUCCAUUCUAUGAGAGAUACCCAUACAGAUCUAGAACUGAAUGACCCUGUUCUUGAGCUUCAAGAUAAUGAAAUAUUAAAUUCACCUAUUAAAAACUCUACCAACUCUACCAGUUCUUCAGAACCUAUGUUUAUUCAGAACAAAAUUCCUGCUCCUCAAGUAAACGAAACACAGCCUGAAAAAAUUGAGUCAGAGGAAAACUAUAUGAAGGAUACAUUGAAUCCCGGUACUAUUCCUAAUGGAGCGUCUGGAAGCAUAAUCCUUAAUGUGAAUCAGACAGCAGAGUACUCUCUUUCUGAACAGCAGAGCAGUGAAAAUUCAAAAGCUCUAACUCAGAAUGCUGCCAUGUGUUGGAAUGAACUUCCACAGUCUGCGUAUGCCCCAAUAUAUAGUUCUUCUGAACAUUCAUUUGGAACUUCAUAUCCUUACUAUGCUUGGUUUGUUUAUCAUUACAGUAGCAUCAAUGUCAAUUCCAUAACUGAGACAUACCAAGGAAUAACAUCUUAUGAAGCCCAGCCACUUCCUUCUGGGAUGUUGACUACAGUUGCAAGUACUAUUCAUAACACUCAUUCUGACCUUUUUCACUCUCAGUACUUUGGUUACUUUGCAGAGGAACCACAAGCAAAUGACUUUGUGCCAGUAAAUGGGUAUUUUCAAUCUCAGAUGCCAAUUUCAUACAAUUUUCAGCAGCCAAUUUAUCCACAGUCUGCUUCCCAUCAGACUUUACCACAGGCUGCAGACCUUUACCCUCCUAAUCCUGAUAUGCUUCCAGAAGCUCCUUGGACUUACGCUCCAUGGCAACAAGAAUCCUUUCAUCCAGGACAUUGA